UAUCUGUCUCUCUUGCAUUGAACUGAAGAGCUUCUCUUUAGUUACUUCCUUUCUUUCCUCUGCUCCCGCUUUCACGAUCUUCUUUUCAACUCUCACAGCCUCGGAUUCGAUCGAAUCAACUUCGUUUGCUUCGGAACUCAGCUUCUGCUUUGAUUCUUUGUUUGUCUGCUGUUGCACAAGACCAGUAUACCACCAUCUUGCGGGCGACACAGAAGAUGUAUGAACAAAAUCCUUUAUGACAAAGCGUUGGUGUUAAAGAACGGCCCACGGAUGUCACAUGGCUCAAGUUACAGAUUAUCUUGAUGUGAUACUGCUAAGAAGUUGAAAAUCUAAAGAAAAGAUGGUGAAACAUCGCUUUAGAGACUAUUAAAUCUUUGUUUGGAAGUCACAUUGACCCUAAUAAAGAAGAGCAGCUCCAGGAAGCUAAAGCAGAAAUUGAAGACAAAGUGAAAAGGAUAUUGAAACUUAUUAAAGAGGACGACCUUGAAGAGGAUGGUACCCCAGUAGAACUUUCUAAGAAGGAACCGCUUGUUGAACUGAUUGAAGAUUUCCACAAUCAAUACCAAUCACUGUAUGCACAAUAUGAUCAUCUAACGUGCGAGUUAAGGAAAAAGAUCAAUGGCAAGCAAGAAAAGGGGAGUUCUUCAUCCAGCUCAGACUCUGAUUCAGAUUCAGAUUAUUCUUCAAAGGAGAAAGACAAGAAAAAUGGACAACUGGAAAAUGAAUUUCAAAAGAAAAUUGAUGGCUUAAGGCAAGAACUUGAAGUGGUGCAUAUAGAAGUGGCUGAAUCAAAUCGGAAGUUGACAAUCACACAUGAAGAGAAGGAGGAUCUUAAUUCAAAAUAUCUUGCAGCAUUGAGCAAGAUACAAGAAGCAGACAAAAUUAACAUGGAUUUGAAAACUGAUGCUGAAGCAUUAGGCACUCAAAGAUCAAAACUUUUGGUUGAGAAUGCUGAACUAAAUAAACAACUGGAGACUGCUGGUAAAAUAAAAGCUGAACUGAGUCAAAAAUUGGAAGACUUAAUGGCAGAAAAAGAUAGUUUGACCAUAGAGAAGGAAACAGCUCUCCAACAGAAUGAGGAGGAAAAGAAGAUUACUGAUGGCCUGAGAACCCUUGUUGAUCAACUGAAAGAUGAGAAAUUAGCACUUGGCAAAGAGUUAGAGGCAGUUGCAGGUGAACUUUCCAUUCUGAAACAGCAGUUGGAACAUACAGAACAGCAAAUGACAGAUAUAAGCCACAAUCUGAAAGUCGCCGAGGAAGAAAAUGAAUCUUUAAAAGUGAAACAUUCACAGGCUUCGAAUGAGGUACAGCUGGCUCACAAUAGAAUACAAGAUUUUGUAGCUGAAUCAAGUCAGUUAAAGGAGAAACUCGAUGAGAGUGGAAGGGAAAUUUCUGCCCUCACUCAGAUGCAUGAAGGGUAUCAGAAAGAAUCCUCAAAUCAAAUCAGGGAACUGGAGACACAACUCACAAGCCUUGAGCAGGAAUUAGAAUCUCUGCAAAACCAGAAGAGAGAUAUGGAAGAGCAAAUUAAGAGCAGCACCACUGAAGCAAGGGAAUUAGGAGAGCACAAUUCAGGACUACAAAACCAAAUAUCAGAACAUGAAAUAAAGUCCAGAGAAAGAGAAGAGGAGCUAUCUGCUAUGAUGAAGAAACUCGAAGAUAAUGAGAAUGAAUCAUCUUCUAAAAUGUCAGAUUUAACAUCACAGAUAAACAAGCUGCUGGCUGAUAUAGGCACAUUACAUGCUCAGAAGAAUGAAUUGGAAGAGCAGAUCAUUUCUAAAAGUGAUGAAGCUUCGACACAAUUCAAAAGCAUUACAAAUGAGUUGAAUGCGUUGCAGCAAGAAGUGGAGUCCCUCCAACACCAGAAAUCCGACUUGGAAGUUCAGUUAGUGGAAAAAAUCCAAGAAAAUUCCGAGUAUGUGAUUCAAAUACAAACUCUGAAAGAGGAAAUUGACAGAAAAAUCCUGGGACAAGAGAGACUCCUGGAAGACAAGGAAAAUUUAGCCAUGCAGCUAAGGACAUUGGAAUUAGAGAUGAACACUAUAAAGAACAAAAACAUUGAAGCUGAAGAGCAAAUAAGGGCUAAAAGCCAUGAGAUCAGUCACAUGAGUCAGGGAAUGUUGGAGCUACAUGAAAAAAUAGCAGAAAUAGAGAAAAUAUCAACAGAUAGAGAAUCACAUUUCUUAGUUCUCCAGGAAAAAAUUAUUAACACAGAGAAAGCAGUUUCAGCUAAAAUACAGGCCUCCAGUGAACAAAUUAAGAAUCUUGGACAUGAUUUGGCAUCCCUGCAGCAGGAGAAACAGGAAUUAGAACAGCAGUGUGAAAAGCUGAAGUUGGAGGUGGAUUCCAUACAGAACCGGAAGAGUGAAGUUGAAGAACAAAUGAGAGCUAAAGAGCAUGAGAACUCUGGGCUGAGAGAGGAAAAUUUGGGAUUGCAGGGAACAAUUACUGUGCUGGAGAAAACAAUAGCCGAGAAAGAGGCAGAGUUAUCCACUUUACAGGAAAAGCUUCAUGAAAAAGAGAGCGAGGCUUCAGGCCAAAUAACUUCCUUCACUGUCCAAAUUGAUAAUCUCAAACAUGAUUUGGUGUCUGUGCAGAAUGAGAAACAUGAAUUAGAACAGCAGUGUGAAAAGCUGAAGAUGGAGCUGGAUUCUACAAACAACCGGAAGGGUGAAAUUGAAGAGCAGCUGAUAGCUAAAGACCGUGAGAACACCAAAUUGAGAGGGGAAAUUUUGGGACUGCAGGGAACAAUAACUGCACUGGAGAAAACAUUAGCUGAGAAAGAGUCAGAGUUAUCCACUUUGCAGGAAAAGCUUCAUGCAAACGAGAGCAAGGCUUCAGGCCAAAUAACUACCUUCACUGUCCAAAUUGAUAAUCUCGAGCAUGAUUUGGUGUCGGUGCAGAAUGAAAAACAUGAAUUAGAACAGCAGUGUGAAAAGCUGAGAAUGGAGCUGGAUUCCACACACAACCAGAACGGUGAAGUUGAAGAGCAGAUGAGAGCUAAAGACCAUGAGAACACCGAACUGAGAGAGGAAAUUUUGGGAUUGCAUGGAACAAUUACUGCACUGGAGAAAACAUUAGUUGAGAAAGAGUCAGAGUUAUCCACUUUACAGGAAAAGCUUCACGAAAAAGAGAGUGAGGCUUCAGGCCAAAUAACUGCCUUCACGGCCCAAAUUGAUAAUCUAAAACAUGAUUUGGUGUCCCUGCAGAAUGAGAAACAUGAAUUAGAACAGCAGUGUGAAAAGCUGAAGAUGGAGCUGGAUUCCACACACAACCAGAAGAGUGAAGUUGAAGAGCAAUCGAGAGCUAAAGGCCAUGAGAACACUGAACUAAGAGAGGAAAUUUUGGGACUACAGGGAACAAUUACUGCACUGGAGAAAACAUUAGCUGAGAAAGAGUCAGACUUAUCUACUUUACAGGAAAAGCUUCGUGAAAAAGAGAGUGAGGCUUCAAGGAAAAUAAUUGCCUUCACAUCCCAAAUUGAUAAUCUGCAAAAAGACUUGCUUUCCUUUCAGAAAACAAAAGAAGAACUGGAGCUCCACUGUGAAAAAAUUAGCAAAGAACAUGCACAAAGCCUUGUAAUGGUAGAGAAUGAAAAGAAUGACAUGUCCAGCAGAACUAUGGAUCUUGAGAGAUCACUGGAAGAGCGAGAAGAAUCAUAUCAGAAGUUGAAUAUAGAAUAUAAACAAAUUGAUAGUUUGUUUAAGGAAUGGAUGGUCAAACUUGAAGUUGCAGAGAAGAAGAUUGAAGAAAUGGCAGGAGAGUUUCAUGAAGGCAUUGAGUCGAAAGAUCAGAAGAUAGCUGAUUUGGAACAUACGGUGGAAGAGCUAAAAAGAGACCUAGAAGAGAAAGGAGAUGAAAUCAGUACUUCGCUUGAGAAUGUUCGGAUGCUUGAGGUUAAGCUUCGUCUGUCAAACCAGAAGCUCCGGGUCACAGAACAAUUACUGAGUGAGAAGGAAGAAAGCUUUUGGAAGACAGAGGAAAAGUUUCAGCAAGAUCAGAGAGCCCUUGAGGACAGGAUUGCUACUUUGUCAGCAAUAAUAACUGCCAACAAUGAAGCUUUUGAUGAAAUUGUCUCUAAUCUUAAAGAGUGUGCAAACAGUGUCACGACUGGCAUAGAAACUAUAAGCUGGAAAGUUUCUGAUGACUGUAAAAAUUUCAAGGACAGUGUCUCAAACGUCUCACACGAGCUUGGGGUUGCAAAGGACCAUGUGAGGGAGAUGAAAAGGGAAAAAGAACAGUUAAAGAGAGACAAAAGGCACUUGUUGGAGCAGCUGCAGGUUAAAAAUGAACAGGAAGUGACUUUGAGGAAGAGUGUUGAGAAGCUUGAGGCAAAGGCAAGCAAGGAGGAAUCAGAGAAGAUGAAUCUGACAACAACUGUAGUUCAACUAAAGAAGACAGUGGGAGAGUUAGAGAAAAUGAUGAAAGAGAAAGAGGAUGGCAUGUUGGACUUGGGAGAGGAGAAGAGGGAGGUCAUCAGGCAACUGUGUUUGUGGAUUGAUUAUCACCGCAGUCGUUAUGACUAUCUCAAGGACAUUCUAUCAAAGUCUCGCAGAGGCCAGAGAGCUGCAUAAAUCCUCAUUUUUUGUUUUUUUUUUUUUUUUUUUUUUGUAUUAUGCAGCAGCUUGUUCAAUCAGCUAUGUUGUGGUGAUUCAACUUCUCAUUAGCUCAUUUUUUGUUCAUGUGAAUUGAUUCUUUUUGUGCGUGUUUGUAAUUCAAUUUGUCCAGUAUCAGGAGCAUCAUAUAGAAUUAGUUUUGUUCUUCCCUUGAAUUUGAAGUGAAUAAUGUUACAGAGGUUUUUUUCCUUAAUUGGUAAACGUAAAUAUUUUGACAAGCAA